AUGGGUCACUGGAACUCUCCACUUGCCGCGCAUCCUGAUAAAGCCCUCUCUGUCGUAACACGCUUUGCCGAACGCUGGGGAGAAAACCCGACCCGCGGAGUUUCCGCGUCCUGUGACUGCAGUCAGGUGGUGGCUGGGGUUCCUUUCUCCCUUCCUCCCUCUGUCCUGCUCUGUCUUCCCCCGCCCGGGGAGGGCCGGCCCUGCAGGGAGCCGGCUGGAGAAAGUUGGAGGAAAGUUGCUAGUUGGGAAAGUUUAGAAGCGGGAGAGUCGGCGGCCCCGGCAGCCCGGCCUCUCCGCCCGCACUCCACGGGAGGGAGGGCCGAGGAUGGCCGGGCGGGGAAGGAAGCGGGCUCGGCGUGUGCGGAGUGUCGGGAGCACCUCUUCAAGGUGCUGGUGAUCGGGGAGCUGGGCGUGGGGAAAACCAGCAUUAUCAAGCGGUACGUGCACCAGCUCUUCUCCCAGCACUACCGGGCCACUAUCGGCGUGGAUUUCGCGCUCAAAGUCAUCAAUUGGGACAGCAAGACCCUGGUGCGGUUGCAGCUCUGGGAUAUAGCAGGCCAGGAGCGCUUUGGAAAUAUGACCAGAGUAUACUACAAAGAGGCAGUUGGUGCUUUUGUGGUCUUUGAUGUCACAAGAGGCUCCACUUUUGAGGCUGUUUCAAAAUGGAAGCAUGAUUUGGACAGUAAAGUACUACUUCCCAAUGGCAGCCCUAUCCCUGCUGUUCUUCUUGCAAACAAGUGUGACCAGAAGAAAGAUGGCAGCCAGAAUCCCUCUCAGAUGGACCAGUUCUGCAGAGAAGGUGGCUUUGUUGGAUGGUUUGAAACAUCUGCCAAGGACAACAUCAACAUAGACGAAGCUGCUCGAUUCUUGGUGGAAAACAUCCUUGCCAACUACAAAACCUUUCCUAAUGAAGAGAAUGAUGUGGGGAAACCAAAACUGGACCUAGACCCACUGAAAGCAGAGAGUAAAUCACAGUGCUGCUAAUGCUACCACUGUUAAGUAAAUGUGAUGGAAUGAGCAGCAAGACUGUUCCUUAAAUCAAAAUGCUGCUAUGGUGCUGCGUUGUGACAAUCCAUAUGGGGUGUCUGGUACUAUCUGAAUUGGUGACUCGUUUGGGUGUUUACAUAUUCUUGUUUAGCAUGAAACUGUGUAUCUUGUGCAUUAUCAUUCCACUUGCUUCAGCGACUGCAUCUAAGUCUGAUUAGCGUCUUCUUACUUGAGAACAUAAGGUAGUGUUUAUACUCCUAAAAAGGAACAGAGACAACAUUCAGUGCUUCUAUGAGAUAUGCUACAUUCCAAAUAGGACUCACUUGUCAAGGUUUUAGCUGAAUAGACACUUGCACCUUUAAAGUAAACUUUUCCUUUGUCACCAGUAAUGUCCCACUUUAGCCUUCUCACCUGCACAAUUGUCCCUAUUUAUUAUCCCCCACUGUGAGGGUCUGUCUCAUUGCUAGUUGUCCUGGACUGAAACAUCCUAGAAAUCUUGAAGGGGCCAAUGACAGAUGGGAGGUAUCUUUCCUACUGUGAUCACUAGGACUGAGUGGAAUAGAUGGCUUUUACCACUAAGUAAAACCAAGAUGGUUAAAUUAUUGUAUUUAACAAGGGAAAGACAUGGGGAGAUACUAACAAAAAUGCAUCUCCAGCCAUUUAAGGCAGAAUAUUUUCAGCUAAUACUUUACAUAUGAAACACAUUAAUGAUACAAUUGUACUGCUGGCACAUAGUUAUGGUAAACUCACCUGUGUGCACAUCCAGAAAUAAACAUUCAGUGACUUUUUCCUGCACUGAACACUGAAAACUUUACCAAGAGUGCAAAAAGUACAUACCUUACUGUCCUGUGAUAAUGAACUUCCUUCUUUCUUCUUCUAUAUUGAGAUGGUUCUGAAUACCAUGAGGAAGGAGAGAUGUCUUCAAGGAAAUAGCUUAAUUGGUUCAUGCUAGCCUGUCAACCCCUGCCCCAAACUCUAUCUCUUUCAGUUUUAGAACAGUGCUGUGCUUUUUUGCCUACUUUGAACUGAUGAAUUGGCUUACCAGUUUGUAACUGUAUACUGAGAUGCUUCUUUGUUAUAACACUCAUGCAUUUUUGGCAGCAAAUGAAGAUCAAAAGGAUUAGAGAGAUUUCAUGGUUCUUGAACACAUUCUAGAACUCUGGCUCUGCCUGGCUCAAAGGCUUUGAAGCACCUCUUUGUAUUAAGGGUUUCUUCUGUCCCAGUACCUCAUUGCUACUGACUUCAGAAGUCUUAUCUUGCUUGGUUUGAUGGUACUGAUGUUUCCUUAAACAUCAGAAUUAAGUAUGUGCAGGAUUUGAUAUACUUUAAUCUGUAUUGAGAUUUCUUAGGCUUUUUUUCUAAAGAGUAAUGUACUUUUUAAGAGAUAAAUGAAUAAAUAUUUUGGGGCAUCUUAUGUGUGUUGUUGGUGUAUGCUUUUGAGAACAUGAAUCUUCACAUAUGUUCCACACUGCUUUCAUUGACAUUUGAAAACAACUUUAUUUUCUAUAAAGUUUAUAUAUUUUCAACCUGCUAUGUUAAAGGUUUAUUUAAAGUUACCACUGUAAGGCUUGGCAUAGGCUAAAACUGAGUUUAAUUAGCUUAAGAUCCUAAAGUAAUUCAGAUAAGAGUUCUUAGGAUGUCUUCUAAGGCAACAUCUUUCUCCAAGCAAAGUCAUAGCAAUGUGCUUAGGUGUUCACCGGGUCUGGUCUUAAACAAUGGAGAAUGUAUGGGCCUGGGAAAGUUGUUUCAAUGCCUGACUGUCCCCUGAGCAUUUAACUAGUGUGAACCUUUGUAACUUUCAUUUAUGUCCAUGGUCUCUUAUCUUUCUACUGUACACCACUGUAAAGAAUGUCCUUUAGAUUUGUGCAGACUUAUUGGACAUGUAAAGCUUGAUUGCUCUUUUUUUCUUUUGAAAGCCUGUAGCAUUUCAGAAAGGAAGUUGCAUCCCAUUCAUGUUCCUUGCUUGCUGGCUUGUCUGAGUUGUUAACCUUUCUGGCUAACCUACCAUAAUCUUCCUAUUCAAUCACUUGAACAACUCCAUUUAGGCUGUAAACUCACUCUUGAUAAGAUGUUUAAUCUCCUGUGUACUAUCUUUUUCUAAACUUUAAUUAAAGCUGCACAAAUGUAAAUGCCUGCUUUUACCGGGGAAACAGCAGUGGAGGUAGACUUUUUGUUUCCCAAACAGUUGUAUGUAAAUUCUAAACCUCUGCAUGAAUGGGAAAUAGUUUAAAUCAUUCUUAGAGACACAGUGCCUGAGUAACCAUUUGAU